GCUCAGUCACAGGGGGACAUUUCCUGCCGUGACUCGACAUCACUUCCGGGAGCGUGGUUUUCUUUCCUGCGUUGUCCAGCGUUGCUCGUUCGUUCACUCUCUUCCUCCUCCGUGAAGCUUUCGGGCCGAGAGGAUCCUCUUCCUUGGCGGCCAUGAUUGAGGCAGAAGUUAAUCCUAAGGCUUAUCCACUUGCUGAUGCUCAGCUCACUAAGACACUGCUGGAUCUUGUACAACAAUCCUGUAACUACAAACAGUUACGCAGAGGUGCCAAUGAAGCCACUAAAACCUUGAACAGAGGAAUAGCUGAAUUCAUUGUGAUGGCUGCAGAUGCUGAGCCCCUUGAGAUCAUCCUUCACCUCCCACUACUUUGUGAGGAUAAAAAUGUGCCCUAUGUAUUUGUACGCUCCAAGCAGGCCCUGGGACGGGCAUGUGGUGUUUCUCGACCUGUCAUCGCUUGUUCCAUUACUAUCAAGGAAGGCUCACAGCUGAAGCCUCAAAUACAGUCUGUACAACAAGCCAUUGAAAGACUAUUGGUUUAGGUCUCUUGAGCCACUCAUAUUAAACAUAAAUAAUUUGAAAUGUUUUCUUUAAGCAUUUUCCCCAAUCUUGUCAUUUGUACAGUACCUUUCUUUAGUUUGUCUACCAAAUAAAUCUUAACCAUCUUCAUUUCUCA